AUGAGACAAACUGCAAACUCUUCCUUUAUAAACGUCCCACCAAGAAAAAAGCAGCGUAUUCUUGCCGCUGAUAUUCAGUGGUGCGUCGAUAAUAAGGAUACAAUGACACUAAACUCUUUCGCGGAAAAUUUCAGUUUAUUAGACAAACAAUAUACAAUUAGUCGAUACACUUCAAUUAUCAACAGUCGCCAUCUUGUACUGGAACGAGAACGUUUGCAAACAGAAUUUGAUAAUUUAAAGAAAUCUGAAGAAUUUAAAUUGUAUUGGAUAAAAAGGACGCGAAGAAGGACGCAGCUCGAAGUUGAUACCAAAUGCACGGAAUACGUCUGUGACGCUGCUAAAAGAGCAACGAAAGCACUUUCCUCCUUUUCCACAACAAAUGAUACCACGAUAACUGCCCCUCCAACUUCUAUACCAUCCACUUCAUACCAUGCAACCACCAUUUCUACAGCAAACGAUAUCACGAAAACAACCGAGGUUGAAUUCACUGUAGAUAUUAGUGAUUUAGAAGCUGGCAUAGCUACUGCUACCAUAAUAGAAGACGCUGAAAACCCGAGACUUUCAAAGGACGAUGCUGAGAUUGAUCUUUUGAUGCUUGGUAAGAGCCUGAACCCCUUUGAACGAUCUUUGGUGUGGGGCAUUAAAGCUGGAAUGCGCAAACUGCCUCUGAAGCCCAUCAAGACUAGGAAAUCCUUAGGCGAAUGUGAACUCUUUACUAUGUAUUUUGAUCCCAUUUUGUCUGCCAUGUUUUCCAAUUCCGACAAAAACGUCCUGUUGCGAUGGUCGAACGUCGCAAGUGACGAAAGCGGGGAAAAGCGCCCUGAUGCCACUAUUUCUGAGAUAUACCAACAUGAUUUUGGACCAAGCCUUGGGUAUGGCGAAGUUAAGGUGGCGCGUCCCACCACCGAUAACUAUGCUUUAUGCCAUGAUCUCUUGCGUUUAGCGACAUUAGCCAAGGAUACAAUUGAUAUAAACAAGCUACAGGCUGCUUUGACUUUUCAAAUUAACGGAUUUAAAAUCAUUUUUUACUUGUCACGCCUACGUCAUGAUGGAAUGUAUAUCAUGCAGGAAAUUGGCCGGCUCACGUUUCCUUCAUCAUUGGAAGAAUUAGCAUCCUUUGUCAAUUUGAAGAACAUUCGUACCUUACCGAUGGUAACUGAAGCAUUUUGGCGUUUGUGCCAACCUGUAAAUGAUAAAGAAUUGUGGAAAACGAAGUGUCGUCCGACUUACCCUACUAUCUACUCUUUAAUUGAUGUCACCAAGGAUCGACAUCGCUUUUGUGCCCUGCAAUUUGAAUGA